ACUUGAAGGAAUGCUUAAUCGUUUUGGAGUAGUUUCUUUUAAGCGUGAGAGUCUACUAUCUCACUCGUCAGUGAUCUCGACACUGUUAGGCUUGCUUGGUGAACAGUGGAUGUACAAGAGUUUUAAUUUCCCAGGCAUCUGCAUGAAGACUGCACUUGAACAUGGUUGGAUUAAAACCGACAGAUGUGCCUCCAACAAAUGGCGUAAAAAUUCUAGGUGCUGGUGCAGCAGCCUGCGUGGCUGAUCUUGUUACAUUCCCUCUUGAUACCACCAAAGUCAGGUUGCAGAUUCAAGGAGAAUACAAAUCUAUCAACAAUGUGACCUCUCCAAAGUAUAGAGGGGUCUUUGGUACCAUGGUGACAAUUGUGAAAACUGAAGGGGCAAAAAGUCUCUAUAAUGGCUUGGUGGCUGGUCUUCAACGUCAGAUGAGCUUCGCAUCAGUGCGUAUUGGGCUUUACGAUUAUGUCAAACACUUCUACACCAAUGGAUCAGAUGCUAUUACCAUUGGUAGUCGUUUGCUUGCUGGCUGCACAACAGGAGCCAUGGCAGUCACAAUGGCACAGCCAACCGAUGUGGUGAAAGUAAGGUUUCAAGCACAAUCUAAUCAAACUGGUGUGCGUAAGAGGUACAGUGGGACCAUAGACGCCUACAGAAAAAUCGCUAAGGAGGAAGGACUUCCAGGAUUGUGGAAAGGUACUUUGCCAAAUAUUAUUCGCAAUUCUAUUGUGAACUGCUCCGAACUAGUGACAUAUGAUCUGAUCAAAGAAGGGCUGAUCAAGAAUAAUUUCAUGACUGAUAACCUGCCAUGCCACUUUUGUGCUGCUUUUGGUGCUGGAUUCUGCACAACCAUUGUAGCUUCACCCGUUGAUGUGGUAAAAACCAGAUACAUGAACUCUGCUCCUGGCCAGUAUGGCAGUGCCUUGAACUGUGCCUUUAUCAUGCUGACAAAAGAGGGAUUCACAGCUUUCUAUAAAGGGUUUAUGCCCUCCUUCCUGCGUCUAGGUUCAUGGAACGUGGUAAUGUUUGUCACUUACGAACAGAUGAAACGUGCAAUGAUGCUGGUCAAGCAGUCCUGGGAAUAAUUUUAAUGUUCCACACUUUAUAGUUUUAAAUAUAAAAUUUAAUAUUUACCACAUUAUAUAAAUCAAAGGGCAUUGAUUUCUUAAUCAUUCUGUUUUAAAGAAUGGUUUAAACUGUGGGCAUGUCGCUGGUCGAUGGCAAUGCCAUACCUUGCUGCUGGCUUAUUUCUUAAUUUGAGGUAUUUUGUGAAUUUUUUUUGUUUUGAAGGUGUCUUGUCUGUUCUGAAAUAAUAUAGAAGCAAACUAAUAACCCCAUUCUUUCCCUUUGUACCUCCUGGUUUCUGGCAUUACCAGUGAUUUGUUAUCCAAAUUGAAAUAUUGAAUGUUUUUGUAAAAAAGAAAAGUUCACUAAUGGGGUGAGGGUGUUGCUAGGUCAAACUCUGGCCCUCUCCCUCCAUACUCAAAUCAGUAUAGUGUACUCUUCUGUACUUAUCCAUUUUUGACUAGAAGUAAAUGACAAAGUAUGAUUUUAAGGACCACAUUAUCAAGCAAUGAUUGGUUCAAAGUUAAAACAUGGAUGCUUUUAAUUCCAGAAAAUCUUAAAUUAAAAUUGUCAUCUGAAAUUUAAAAACAAAUUCUGGAAUGCUCAACAGAUCUGGCAGCAACUAUAGGAGUUAAUAUUUUGAUUUGACUUUAAUGAAACUUAACAUCUCUAUACAGUGUUUAGACUUAACAUGAACUCUUCCUUUCUCCACAGACACUGCCAGACCUACUGAGUUUCUACAGCACUGCUAUUUCUCUGGUUUAGUUUGCUGUGACACGUCAAGAAUGCAACUCUAUUUCUGAUCUUUACAUUGUUCUAAAAGUGAAACAUAUGAUGCAGUAAUUUUUUUUUUUGCUUUUUAAAAAAACCUCCGCACUAUAAUCUGGUUUGCUGACAUUUUUCUUGUAGUAAGAAAUGUGUACAAGUUCAGAUUCUAAUAUCUAGUGUCUUUAUACGGAUUUGUUUAAAUAUAAUCCUUCCCCUCUUUGCAUC